UGCAAACAUCAUAAACUUUAAUGUUCACUCGGUUUCGGCUUUGGAUCUCUUUUCCAAUUUAUUUUUGUGGAAAAACCAAUUGCGGCAAAGCACACAUUACCCCCAUGUGGCUCUAGCCUUCACUGCAUCUUUCCAUCUACUUUCUCUCCUCUUUCUCUUUUUCUCUGCUCAAUUUCCUUUCACAUUUCCCGUUUUUCCUUUUUUUUUUUCCCUUCUCAGCUUCUGAAACUGAGUGUCCUUUUUCCACUUUAUGAGAUCGACCUUUUGGGGAUAAAAAGAUGGUAGCAGAGUCUUGGUUUCGUAGUCUUUGGAGAAUUCCACGGAGGCAUGAAGGAGUCUCUGAGAAGGUUGAAAUUGGAGUAUUAGCCUUUGAAGUUGCGAGCUUGAUGUCUAAGCUUGUGCAUCUAUGGCAGUGUCUGAGUGAUAAGCAGGUUAUUAGGUUGAGGGAGGAGAUCACAAGUUCUGUGGGAAUUAAGGAGCUAGUAUCCGAAGAUGAAGAUUACAUCGGACGCCUGAUAUGUGCAGAAAUGAUUGAAAAUAUUACGCAUGUGGCAAAGUCCGUGGCAAGGCUUGCAAAGAAAUGUAGUAAUCCGGGAUUGAAGGGUUUUGAACCUGUCUUCACUGAGUUGGUCCAGAUUGGUGCUGAUCCUUAUGGUUGGAUGUUUUCUUCAAAGAAGAUGGACAAGAAAGUGAAGAAGAUGGAACGUUUCAUUUCAGUGAAUGCAACUUUGUAUCAAGAGAUGGAGCUGCUCGCCGAUCUUGAGCAAACUCUAAGGAGGAUGAAAAGUGGUGAUACGGAGCAAGAGAAUUUUCUUGAAUUUCAGAAGAAGGUUAUAUGGAAGCAGCAUGAAGUGAAGAGCCUGCGGGAGAGCUCUCUUUGGAAUAGGACUUAUGAUUAUACAAUUCUCCUUUUAGUAAGAUCAAUAUUCACAAUAUUUGGUAGGAUCAAACAUGUCUUUGGAAUUGAACAAAAUGUAGAUGGUGGAGAUUCUAGGGUGAUGCAUUCAGAUUUUAUGCAUCGCAGCCAAUCAGUUUCUGCCUUAAUGCAAUCUUCAGUUCAUCCAACCGAGAAUACUAGCCUUACAAGAUUUUCUUCAGGCCCCUUUGGAAUAUUUAGCACUAAAUCAGGCCCAAUUCCUAAAGCAAAUAAACCAAAUUAUUUCCAUUCAGGGCCUCUUGGUGGCUCAACCACGAAAUCAGGCUCUAUUUCUGGAAAGAAUGGAAAUUUCAAAUUCCAUUCAGGUCCUCUUGGGAGGUCUAUAGCAAGGUCAGGACCACUCUUUGGAACGGAUAAAAUCAGCAAGAAGAUUUGGCAGACUAACAACAACCCAGCUGCUGUUAACGGAAAGAAACCGCAUUUGAAAAGCAACAGAUUGACUCAAGUGGGACCUUUUAAAGGAUGCAUGAUAGCUGCUGAUGGUGCUAACAUAAGAAAUUGUUAUGCAAGUUCAAAUGGCAUUCAUUCGGGAAUUCUGAAUGGAACCAAAGAUGGAAAUCUUAACCUUCCUGAAGGAAAUGCUGUUCAAAGUAGCUCAUCAGUGUUCAGAUCUCAAUGCAGGUUGUUGGAUGCUCCGCCUGAAACUCUUGGUGCUUCUGCUUUAGCACUGCACUAUGCAAAUGUUAUCAUUGUAAUCGAGAAGCUAGCAGCAUCUCCUCACUUGAUUGGUCAUGAUGCUAGAGAUGAUCUAUACAACAUGUUACCUGCAAGUGUGAGAGCUGCACUGAGGGUAAGGAUAAAACCUUAUGCAAAGAGCUUAGCUUCAUCAGUUUAUGAUACAGAGCUUGCAGGAGAAUGGACUGAGGCAAUGUCUUCCAUAUUAGAGUGGUUGGCACCACUAGCUCAUAACAUGAUCAGAUGGCAAUCUGAGCGGAGUUUCGAACAGCAGAACUUUUUAUCCAGGACUAAUGUGCUUCUGGUGCAGACUCUCUAUUUUGCAAACCGGGAAAAGACAGAAGCAGCAAUCACCGAGAUUCUUGUUGGUCUGAAUUAUGUCUGGAGACUCGGUAGAGAACUCAAUGCAAAGGCUCUGCAGGAAUGUGCUAGCAGUAGAAUCUUUGAUGAAUGUAUGGAUCUAGAGAAAUAAAAUUCUUUAACCUCAGUUGCAGUAUCUCCACAGAUGAAUGCUGUUAGGUUGAAUGUUUGCAAGAUUUCAUUUCGGCCAGCUAUGGAGUCUCCUUUGUUCUAUUUGCCAUCAUUGACUGAAGAUGAAGGAACGAUCCAACCUACUGUGAAAUACAGCAAAAGCAGUCUUUGUGAAUCAGAGGUAUAGUUUGAGCUUUACAAUCAUAUAUUUUAUAUUUUCUUUUGCGGAAGUGCUGGUGAUCUUUUCCUAGUUUUGAAGAUUGUUACUUUAUUGUCUUCCGCUUAUUACACUUUUCUAGUGAAGCAGUCAUCCAUGAAAUGUGUAUAUUAUUUAGCGAUACCCUUUCAAAUCAGUUGUAUAUUUACUAUAUAGGUUUAUUCAUAGAUUUAUAUGUUGUGGGUGCCUCUCUGUUGGGUGUGCUUUUAUCUGGCAAUCAACGUUUGAUGCGACAACAUCGAGUUUUGCACUCCUUGAUAACUGAAGCAGAUAUAACCAGGUUGCUUGGCCAGAAUUCGAGGUUGAAUAUCACCUUUUUCAGGGUAGCAUCUUACAGCCAGCUAUGACAUUGCAGUGAGGUUGCUUUGAUUCUUUUUGUUAAAUGAUCUCGCAUGGUACCAUUGGUAUGGGUUGCUGAAUGUAAUGUUUGGUGAAGAGCUUUUAGCAGGAUUUUGUCUGGACAAACCUUAAUAUAUAAGAGAUUGGGGAAAUCUUGCAGUCAUAUGCAAAAUUCAAUGACUGGACUGAAACUGAUGCACAUGGUAGCUGAUAAAACAUUAGCACGAUCAGCACGAUUGUAUUGCUUCAGGAAGAGAUGUUCUCAGAGAAGAUUCAUUGGUUGCUCCUUUGUUUUUCCUCUAUAUACCAUUGUUUUUCCUAGAUAUCAGUUUAUCAUAAUUCUAGUCUUCAUUAGGGCAGAUGCAACUGAUGCAUUUAACUUAAACAUCAACUGCCAUUUUUUCUGCCUUAAGUUCUUUAGACGCGCAAUAUUGGAGUAGAGAAAUGCCGAGUGUAAAAAGUAUUAGUCCGCACUCCGCAUAGUUGGAAACCCGAAGGGUGCAUCGGCCUUAAGCGUCGUCGAUCCUAAAAUUGGUCCAUGAUUGAAAUUUUUCACAACUGACCCUGCGGUCUUAACUUCAAGAUCAGCCGCACGGACCGGACCAAAAUCAUGGGUUGUUUGAUGAAUGCGUGA